AUGCCGGGCGGCGACAUGUCUCCGCACUUGCAUGCUUGGUUGGAGGCGGCCGUCAGGGCCUUGAACUGGCUGGCACUAGGGUUAUUGGUUAUAGGCGAGGGUCCAUGUACUGUCGCACAAGAAUCUCUGUUAAGUGAGCUGCGAACUGGUUUCGGAAACCUUUGUACUCUCUCAGAGGAAGAAUUUGACAGCUCUCCGAUUGAGAGCUAUUGGAAGUCACGCAGUGUAAAUGGGUAUGGUGAGGAAGUGCAUAGUGCCUUGUAUUUCCGUUGGGCCAAUGUGGAGCACAGCUUGCCGAAGCGAGAGCUCGCCGGAGCUCUUGAUGGUGUUAGUGUAGCCUCAGGGGGUAUCAAAGAUUUCUUGGCUAACCCAUUGCGGUAUCUGAAGCCGGAGAAUGCACGGACAUGGAUGACAACACCCAGAGUGAUGGUCUCUAAUGAUGAUUGGCCGGAGGUAGCAGCAGGUCUGGUUGAGCGUCGGAUUUGUGAGGUCAUUCCUUUAAGCCAAGUGAUUCAUGUGCAGGGCAAGCCCAUCCUCGGGGGCCUUUUCGGGGUGCCGAAGAUGGAGGAAAUUGAUGGGGUUCCUGUGUUGAGACUUAUCAUGGAUCUGAGGCCGAUCAAUCAGUUGUUUGAAGCCGUCGCUGGAGACCUGCAUACAUUGCCCAUGCUGAGCCAACUGUUUCCGUUGGAAAUAUUCCCAGAGGAAGACAUUCUAGUGUCGUCUGAGGAUAUAAAGGCGAUGUUUUACAUUGUGGGGUUGAGUGAAGAAUGGAGGCCCCUCCUAGCCUUCGGGAGGGAAGUCCCAAACCACAUGCGGCCAGCCGGAGUAUCAGAGCCUUGCGUUCUCUCCAGUAGGGUGUUGCCAAUGGGUUUCAUCAACUCGGUUUCGGUGGCUCAGACUCUGCAUCGAAACAUCGUCCACAUAGCGAUUGAUCGUUUGGGGAUAAGCCGCGAAGCAGAAGUAAGGCGUGACCAACCUUUGCCCAUCUCUAGUCAAGCCUACCGGGCUUAUUUGGAUAAUUUUGACCUGCUCCAGCGCACCAAUCGGGAGGCUUCACGUCUCCUGAGCGGGAAACUUAGCGCAGAGGCCCUUGCUCUGCGUCAGGUUUACGAGGAGUUGGAUAUCCCUGUAAACGAGAAAAAAUCAGUUAAGACUCAACUCUUGGGGGAGAUGCAAGGGGGGUUGAUUGAUGGGAAGAAAGGCAUCGUCAGCCCGAAGCCUGACAAAGUGGCUAGAUACCUGCGGGGUGUUUGGUAUCUCCUUCAGAGUAAGACAACGGAUUUGAAGCGCAUCCAAAUGGUCGCUGGGGGUCUUGUUUAUUUAUUCAGCUACAAAAAGUGUUUGAUGAGCUGCCUGAAUGUGAUUUGGGAGUUUAUCUCCAGUUUCGGAGGGCGUUUGGGAGUUUGGAAACCUAUUCCCAAUCAAGUUCGUGAGGAGUUGUUUUGUUGCGCCUCACUAUCUCCCCUUGCCUACAUCAACUUAAGAGCUCCUUACGAUGCCACCGUCACUGCCAGUGAUGCCUCUGAAAGUGGAGGAGGUUUGUCCUUCAGUUGUGGUUUGACUCCCUUCGGUGCGAAUGCUGCGACCAAGUCAGUUCGGGGUCUCGUUACCGAGAGUCCUGAUGACGAUCAGGUUUUGGUGAUCUCUCUCUUUGAUGGUAUUGGCGCAUGCCGUGUUGCACUUGACGUUCUUCGUGCCAAGGUGGGAGGAUAUAUUGCUGUGGAGGCCGAUGCUUCUGCAAGACGAGUUGUGGAAAGCGUAUUUGGUACCACAGAGUUUGUGCAUUCUGUUGAAGAGAUUUCUAGCGACUUGGUGAAGGAGUGGGGAUAUUGCCAUUUGAAUUGGAUGCAGCAGGACUGA